AUGGCGCAAUGUUUUAUCCCUGUACUGCUCCUCGCGACAGUAGCCCUCUCAUCGAGUAAUGUACUUCCAAUGACCAUGAACCACAUAAGUAAGGAAUCACUCGCCUUAAAUGGCCAAUAUAAUGACAAUAUAUUUAGUAAUAGAUAUCAAACAAGGAACGUUCUCAAUGAAAUAUACAAACUGUACGAGAACAAACCGACAAUGAGUAAAUUACAACUAACAUUCGCAGAUCCGGACAAUAAUGGCGAAGAUAUUUUGAGUAUUUUUAAUAAAAACGAUAACUACAAUGGCGAAGGCUUUCGGAAAGAACAAUGGCAUAACUAUCCAAGGCAAUUAGACCGUCUUCAUCAAACGAAGGAAUACAAUAAUGAGAAAAGGAAUUUUGAACCCGACCCUAGCAAAGAACAAUACACUGAAGAAAUCGCACCUGGUGACCAUAAUGUGAAUGACAUAACCAACGAAUAUCACCUAGACACUAAUACUGAUACGAAUGACGUCUACGAGGCUGUAAUAGCUGCUAACCCCUUAUUAAUACUUAAAAUACGAUUAGCAUGCUUGAAUAAAGAUGUUGAGAAUGCAAACACUCAUUACGCUAAUCUUUUGAGUUCAGAAUUAGAAUUUAAUAAUAUGAAAGACGAUGAAUUGAACGCACACAUUAGGAACGAUAACCCCGCAAUGAACGUAAUAAAAGUUAAACGAGAAGAUGUAUUUAGCACACAAGGUGGAAAAUCAGAUAAUGCUUCAACUGAAAAUAAAGUUGUGAACAAGAGAAUCUUUUCGUUGUGGAGUCGUUUGCAAAGUCUAAACCAUAAGGGGCACGAGUUGCAGCACAGACGGCAUCUCCACGCCUUCUAUGGUCUACCCGAUUCUGACGGAGGAGGGACCCUUACCGCAGAAACCAGAGCGACCUUUUUACGACCACCCGGCUCACCUUUACGAUGGGGAUGA